AGCUUAUGGGAAGUAGCAGAGAAAAGCGAAAAAGAGGCAGAAAAGAAAGUAUACCGAGUUUUGAUAGACCAAAUAUGGGCUACUGGUGCUGUCAAGGAGAGACUGAAUUUCUUGUCUCUCGUUACUCCAAAUAUCUCCCCGGACUCUUUGCAUCUUCUCGUCUCCUUCCUUAUGGAAGCUAUCAUGGGCGUCAAGGAACAUUCAGAGAAAGCUCGCAAGGCAGCUUUUGAGCUACUGGUAGUCAUGGGCGAAAAAAUGAAGGAAGGAGGCUCGAUCAGGAUGGACUUGGUAGAAGGAGCAAUGGAAGAAGACGGAAUGGCUCGAGAGGCGAGUGUCGAGGAAUUCAUCAAGAUGGUGGCUGCAUCUCUGGCUGCUGAGAAAGAUCAUACUAUCAGCGCGGGCGUCAUGAGCUUGUCUC